AUGCCCCGUAAUACAAGUCAUCCUCAUCUCUGGCUUCGUGCCGAAACUAAGCCUAUGGAGCACCGUGCAGCAUUAACGCCCGCUACUGCAAAGAAGCUUCUUGAUGCAGGCUUUAAAAUCACAGUUGAGAAAUCCACGCAACGUAUCUUUGAUGACAAGGAAUAUGCAGAUGUUGGCUGUACAAUUGUUCCCUUUCAAAGCUGGAAAAGCAAGGCACCUACUGAUGCUUAUAUAGUCGGCUUGAAGGAGCUUCCUGAAAAUGACGAUUCUCCUUUGCAUCACACGCACAUCUUCUUUGCUCAUUGCUUCAAGAACCAAGGCGGCUGGAAGGAAUUAUUACAUCGCUUCGAAGCAGGAAAGGGCACAGUUUUAGAUCUCGAGUUCUUGAAUGAUAAGCAGGGUCGUCGUGUAGCUGCUUUUGGCUUUAUGGCUGGUUUUGCAGGUGCAGCUGUCAGUUUAGAUGUCUGGUGUCACCAAAAGACAAACCCCACGGAAACCUUUGGUGAAUUGAAGCCCUUCCCUAAUGAACAAGCUUUGAUUGACUAUGCCAAGAAGAGACUAUCUGCUGCAUUGCCGUUGAAUGGUAACCGCUAUCCUUCUUUGAUGGUCAUGGGGGCUCUUGGUCGUUGCGGCUCUGGUGCUGUUGACUUUGCUCGUAAGGCAGGUAUUCCCGAGGAAAACAUCAUCAAGUGGGAUAUGCAAGAAACUAAGCGUGGAGGGCCUUUUCCUGAAAUCAUUGCUUCUGACAUCUUUGUCAACUGCAUCUAUCUAAACAAAAAGAUCCCACCUUUUAUCACACAAGAGAUGAUUGAUGGCCGCGACAGAAAACUAUCUGUGAUUUGCGAUGUCAGUUGCGAUACAACCAACCCUAAUAAUCCUAUCCCUGUGUAUAGCAUCAAUACAACAUUUGAUAAGCCCACUGUUCCCGUCAAGACAAGCAACCCUCGACCGCUGGACGUCAUCUCCAUAGACCAUCUGCCUACUCUUCUGCCUCGCGAAAGCUCGGACAUGUUCUCUCAUGAUCUGCUGCCAACGAUGCUGACUCUAAGAACAAGAGAUCAGUCUUCCGUCUGGCAAGGAGCUGAGGACUUGUUUAAGCAAAAACUAGCUUUGGCCAAGAGAAAUGCCAGUGAGUUUGUGUCCAAAUUGUAA